GUGAGGUAGGUGGUAGGAGGUUGGGCAAACAAAAAUCGAUUGCAACAGCAAAUCGACUACAGGAAGCGCCUCAUAAUAAGGCACGAAGCCGCGACGAGAACGUGAACGACGCACACCGACGUAGGCAGAGGCACUUGAAUUGACUUUGGCCUACCCUGCCCACCGAGCGCCCCCCCUUCUGGCAGCAGUAAAAUGAUUACAGGCUAACGCCAAAAAGAGGAAGCAGCUAAAGCCAAGGCAGAAGAAGAAGCACCAGCAGCAACAGCAGAGUCAGUUUUAGUAGCAAUAGCAGCACCAGCAACAGCAGCAGCAACAGCAGCAGCAGCAGCAGCCAGAGACUCGAGCAAAAGGAGCAAAACUGAAAUUUAUAACAAUUUUCGGUGUAUGCAAUACUAAAUAAUUCAUUUGAAAAGUUAUUGAACGUAAAAAUUGCGCACUUGCUUUGCUCAGGAGUGUCGAAGUGCGUUUGUGUUAGUGCGUAUACGUGUACGUGGCCUGCGUGCGGGUGCGUGCCUGCGUCUGUGUGUGCGUGAGUGUGUGUGUGUGUGUGCGUGCGUGUGUAUGUAUGUGCGCGUGUUGAGCGCUUCAGCUGCGCUUUUUUUAUGCAAGCGAAAAUUGUGAUAGCAAGCGGCAGCGAAAAGCGCAAACGUUCCAAAAGGGCAAAACUGGCUGAAGUGGCGCCCCCGCCGAGCAGGAGACAAGUGUGGCGAGCGAUGCAAAAAUAUGGAGCUGGAUAAAUGACGAAACGCAAUUGAAAUCUAUUUCGAGUGGAGCUGCACCAUUUUGCCUGGCGCUGUCGGUAUACAGCAUACACACAUACAAACACGCACACACACACACACACACACACGCACACAAACACACACGCAGACACGCAGACAACGCUUAGACGGACGCGAGAAGAGGCACAGAGUAGGGUCGAUAACGCACGCAAAAGGAUACACAUAAGCAUAACGGCAUAACGGGCAGCAGAGCCAAAAUAGCACCUGAGACUGCCGGGCGGAGCCCGUCUAUAAAUAGCUUGAAGAAGCGCCGAAACCAGCAGCGGCAGGUGUACAAUGGUAACAAUGAACUCGGAGGCGGACAAAACACAGAGUAGCACGCAAGCAACCAAUGCGCUGGCCAUGAGCAGCGCGCCCAAGACGCCAACAGCGACAGAGACAGAGACAGCGACGCCAACGCCUUCGCCAGAAGCAGCAUCCGAAGCGGCAGCAGGGCUAACGGAUAACAGUCCAGCGUCAAUAUCUACGGUAACGGCAACGCCAGCGUCAGCGGCAAAUGGCAGCAACAAUGGUCCUGCAACAGCAGCUGCAACAUCAGCGGCAACAUCAACGGCAGCUGCAACGGCAACGACAACAGUAAUUGCAACUACAUCCGCUGCCGCUGCCGCUGCCGCAGCCUUAUCCGCAUCCGCAUCCGAAUCUGCAUGUGCACCUUUAGCUACCACUGAGGCAGAACCUGAACAGCCGGACAGUGGCAAUGCGAACAGCAGCAGCGAGCCGACCAGCACCACGAUAACAGUCAGCGUCGCUGCCACAGUUAGCAGCGGCGGCGGCGGCGGCAGCGGCAGCAGCUGCAGUAGCAGCCACAACUGCAUAACUACUGUGGCCGCUGCAACGCCGCCGCUGUCCAGCAAGACGGUGAGCAUCCGGGAUGCAACAGCGCCGAGUUGCAGCGGCACAUCCGCGCCCAAGUCAAGUGGCCUGCUCAGCGUGGGCAGCAAUCAUCAUCAUCAUCAUCAUCAUUCCUCGCCGUCAUCGUCGCAGUCGCAGUCGCAGUCGCCGUCGCCGUCGCAGUCGCCAUCCCAAUCGCAGUCACAGUCGGCACAGCCGCAGCCACCGCCAGCGCCGUCCGUGCCGCAGCAGCCGCAUCAGCAUCAGCGGGGCAACAAGAACGAAGAUGCGCCCAAUAUACUGGUCUAUAAAAAGAUGGAGGCCAUCAUUGAGAAGAUGCAGGCGGAGACGGGCGGUGUGGCUGUGCGCACGGUUAAGGCGUUUAUGAGCAAGGUGCCAUCGGUAUUUACCGGAGCCGAUCUGGUUGCCUGGAUACUGAAGAACUUCGACGUGGAGGACGUGACGGAGGCGCUGCACUUUGCCCAUUUGCUAAGCUCACACGGCUACAUUUUUCCCAUUGAUGAUCAUGCGCUGACCGUGAAGAACGAUGGCACUUUCUACAGAUUCCAGACGCCAUAUUUCUGGCCAUCGAACUGCUGGGAGCCGGAGAACACCGACUAUGCGGUGUAUCUGUGCAAGCGCACCAUGCAAAACAAGACGCGCUUGGAGUUGGCGGACUACGAAGCCGAGAACCUGGCCAAGCUGCAGAAGAUGUUCUCACGCAAAUGGGAGUUCAUAUUCAUGCAGGCCGAGUCGCAGAGCAAGGUGGCUAAGAAGCGUGACAAGCUGGAGCGCAAGGUACUGGAUUCGCAAGAGCGCGCCUUUUGGGAUGUGCAUCGGCCCAUGCCGGGCUGUGUCAAUACCACCGAGAUAGAUAUCAAGAAGGCGUAUCGACGCGGCGGCUCCAGUCAUGGAACCGGGUCCGCUGGCGCUUCUGUGGCUAAAAAUCCCGUCGAGCAGCUAACGCGCAUCAUUACGCUGCGCAAACAGAAGCUCGAGCGGCGCACAAUCAAAGUGUCCAAGGCGGCCGAAGCUUUGGUUGCCUACUACGAUCAGUAUAAUGAGUUUGAUUACUUUUUAACCUCGCCGGAGCUACCCAAUCCCUGGCAAACGGACAGCACCGAGAUGUGGGAUACCGAAAAGAAUAGCAGCAAAGAUGUUCCUGUGCGUCGGGUCAAGAGAUGGGCAUUUAGCCUGCGCGAGCUGCUUAACGAUGCCAUUGGACGCGAUCAGUUUACCAAGUUUUUGGAAAAGGAGUACAGUGGCGAGAAUCUCAAGUUCUGGGAAUCGGUGCAGGAGAUGAAGGCGUUGCCACAGUCCGAAAUCAAGGAGGCCAUACACAAGAUUUGGCAAGAGUUCCUCGCACCCGAUGCGCCCUGUCCGGUCAACGUGGACUCCAAAUCCGUGGAGUUGGCCCGCGAAGCCGUCAAUUCGCCCAAUGGUCCGAAUCGCUGGUGCUUCGAUGUGGCCGCCUCGCAUGUGUAUCAUCUGAUGAAGAGCGAUUCGUACUCGCGCUAUCUGCGCUCCGACAUGUACAAGGAUUACGUCAACUGCUCCCGCAAGAAGAUUAAGUCAAUACCCAAUCUCUUUGGCGUAAAACGUUGAGAUAUGCGCGCAUUGCCUGUCGCGGCGUUCGGCUUUAGCGCGGGCUGAGCCGAUUUUUGUGUGUUAAUCCUUUGAUGGCGUUCGGUGCCAGGACGGACGACAGUCGGAUGGAAGUUAUGUGUGUGUGUUAUACUGUAGUGCUCGUGCUUGGACGCAUACUUCGAUGUAUAUUAAACGUUGUUACUUAUUAUUAAACAAUAGCCUGCCUAUUGCCACUAGGUCGCGUGUGUUCUUAACGUCGUUUUGUUAACCGUUAAAUUAAAGUGUCGCCCGUGCAACGAUGCGUACUCCUAACACCCAGAGCCCAGGAACCACAACCCAGGACCAUUCCUCUAGCCCCCUUCCUUCGAUGCUUACCUUUAUCGAAUCCAAUUCGAAACUCUCGUCCUUUCACUUAAAUCUUAGCGAAACGAAAACACCACUGAAUAAACUGCCACGUGCUUCUCAAAAUAGAAAGCAGCAGCGAAAGUUAGAGUAAAAAUAAAAUAACCGUCGCGAAUGAUGAAUCGAUCAAAUAAACAAGUAAACAAAUAAACAGCCAUACUACGCAAUUGUCAAAAUGUAACCGAUAACACCAAAUCGAAACAAACAACAACAUAUAUAAAAAUAAUCACUAAGGUAAUUAGCAUAAAACAAUAAAACUAAAACUAAAACUAAAACUAAAUGAAAAACAAAAACAAAAGCAACUACCACUGAGAACCGAGUACAUACCGAGUACUUGUACUUAUAUUUAAACUUAUACUUAUACCUAUACUUAUACUUAAACUUAUACUUGUAUUAGCAUGUUACAAAGCUAUCAGCGUUCAGCAUUUGAGAAGUCAAUCUAACUGUACAAUCGAAUCAAUCAAUUCAAGUCAUAGAACAAACACGCUACGCGUUUUUUUUUUAUACUCGCUAGUUAAUUACUAAGUACUCGCUCUCUCUUAAGUCCCAUUGACAGACAUUGACAGCUCUUCUCGCAAUGCGCUCCUUUAUGUUCCCCAGCUCCCUCAUACUACACACACACGCACACUCCACAUAUCGCCAAACGCAACAAAAACUAAAAACUUAAAGAAAUUCUAAAAUGUUAUGUAAACCAUAUGAAAAGAAAAAAUGGCAUUUUCAUAUUUUCGAGCGCCUCUGCGUGCAUCGUGUAUUCUGUGCUUGUGUAUGCAUGUGUGUGUGUGUGUCUGUGAGAUCAAUUUUGAGCGCAGAGAGCGGCAGUUAGAGCAAGAGGCAAAGAGAAAAACUGCAACAGAGCUAGAGCCAAGUGCGGGAGAGAGAGUGAGAGAGAGAGAGAGAUAGAUGCAAUAUUAAAUGAGAUAAGGACACUUACUAAAGAGAGCUUUACAUACGCUACACAGACAAAUAGGGGACAAAAA